AUGGUGAAGGAAUUUUAUCUGACAAAUGAUGAAAACGAAAAUAGUGAUGUUGAGGAGGAGGAUAAUGAUGAUGAUUUCCUUCGUACUUAUCACUUAAGUCAAAUAAAGAACUUCGACUCCCUUAAAAUAGAUACCUGUGACGAUACUGGUGGGAAAAAUCGUGUACCGAUCAACGUGACGUAUUCUGGAAAGGUCUGUCAAAGAUGGAACAGGCUAACAGAAGAGGCUAUGCAGCAUUUCGAGGCCCUGUUUCCAAACCAAUACAUUCCAAAUACCGCUUCAAACUACUGCAUUGAUCCAUCUUCAUCGGGGAUAUUUGGAUGUUAUGCCGAAGGCCUUAACAAUAGAUGGGAACCUUGUAUUUUGCAACUCAAUGAACCUCUUUUAGAAGAAAUACAUUCUGGAAACAAUCAAAGCAGUGAUAACCUUCCGUUUGUAUGCCGUAAUGGUUCAAAGAUAUCUUUGCUUAAACAAUGUGACUGGUCUUUUAACUGCAAUGGUACCUGGGAUGAAAUUUUAUGCUUUUACAAGAAAAAAGGUCAUCAUCUUAUAGACACAAACCAAUUAAACGUAAAUGACCAUCUUCCAUCACGUCUAGUGAAAGGGUCGUACUUCCGUUGCGGAAGCAUGGAAUGGAUAUUGAUUUUGGCUAAAUGUGAUGGUGUUAUAGACUGCAUUGACGCAUCUGAUGAACGUCAUUGUGAAAGAACAAAUGAAGAAUGUGGCGAGAACGAGUUCUCUUGUGGUGAUGGUAACUGUAUACAUAUAAGUAAGGUAUGCGACUCCAUUUCCGACUGCUCUGACUCGAAUGACGAGUUUUGCGGAUUAAAACCUUGUGAAAACGACGAAUAUAGGUGUGAUACACACAAGUGUAUUUCUGAAGAAAAGAGAUGUAAUGCAAUUCCUGAUUGUAUGGAUUUCAGUGAUGAGAGGAAUUGUGAUAUAAUGUCCUGUAAACAGUCUUUCCACUGCGAUGGGUUCAAGUGCAUCCCAAAACAACAAAUUGGCAACUCAAUUCCUGAUGGUAGCGAUGAGAAGCCUUAUAAUCUAUAUCAGUGUUCGUGUGACGAAGCGUGGAAAUAUGGAUAUCAUUUCACUGGGUAUUACCUAUUAGGUUGGUCACCCUGUUUCUGUAACUUCACCUAUAUUGGUAACCCUAAUGGUGAAAUAACGGCAACAAUCAACGUAGAUGAAAGGAUAAUAACGAGGGGAAACAGCUGGGAUUACACAGAUGCUUGUAGAGAAAUCAACUUAAAAUCUGGCACUGUGUGCUACCUAAAGAUGCGAAAUACAUGCAAGUUUGCCAUAAAGUCUGCUUUUCUUGUUGAUGGUCAGUAUGUCAGUGCUAAUUCAACGAAUUGCCAGUGCUCUGUUUGGACAUACAGAAUCAAAUGUGGUGAGCAUUAUCGUAAGAAUAGUUUCUCUCGUAAUCUUGAAGAAUAUAUCGACCACCAGUUUGAAUAUGUCGGGCAUGAAGCAUGCAAUGGAGAGCACACAGACAACAUAAUAUCGUCCUUAUACGAUCCGCUUGUUCUACUACGCCAGCGUGAAAAAUCAAUAGAAAUAACGCCUGAAGCAAUCACGUGUAUUUACGACUACAGAGCUAAUGUGACAGAUAGAGAGUUUAAUUGUGACAAUGAGAAGCCGAUACCAAUGUCUUUGCGGUGCGUGUAUGACGAGGAUGGUUCUGGUUACAUGACCGGAUGUCGGUCUGGCAGUCAUUUACACGAUUGCACAACGUUUGUAUGUCCGGAAAAUACAGUGAAAUGCCCACGAAGCUACUGUAUUCCUCUAAAAUUUGUUUGUGACGGGAAAUGGCAUUGUCCAACAGGCGAAGAUGAACUUAAUUGCACUUGUUCCGUUAGAGAGAGAGAGGUUAUAAUUAUUGUAGAAGAUACGAAUCUACAAACAGAUAGCAAAACGGCAGCUGUCAAGUUAGCAGAACAGUUCUACAACCCCCGCAGUAUUAUUCGAUUAUUACACUUCAAGAAGACUACUGGAAACACGAAGAUUCCUAUAAAACAUGAACUAUUAGAAAUUCGUGAAGAACGUGUAAGAAAGCUUCGCGCAGAUACACCAGAAACGAACGAUUGCAUUUAUGGAUCAAUGGCUCGGAAUUUACUGAAUAUCUUACGAUUUUCAAGAGCUGAUGGUGUUGUAUUUAUUGAAGACAGUGUGUAUUCAUCUUCUGUUGCCGACCUGAUGUUUUCAAAUCUUUCAAGGCCAUCAUUCUCCACUUACCGUGUUAUCAAAAAAAGUGCUUCAACUGAUCACAAACCAGACCGGUUUAGGUUUGUGAAAGACAUUCGCAUUAUCAAAUGGGAGGCAUUAUUUUCGAUCGGGUACAGACGUUUUCCUGAAAUAUGCGAAGCUGCGAGUGUUGUUCCCUGCUCAGGGGGAUAUAGAUGUUCAUCAAGUCAGCAGUGUAUACCAUUGGAACAGAUUUGUGACGGUAUUGCUCAAUGUAGCAGUAAAGACGACGAACAACUUUGCGAUUUCAGUUGUCCUUAUAAUUGUUCAUGUUCUGGGUAUUCGAUCAGCUGCCGAGCAGCAAACAUAAAGCUAAGACAAGCGUUGGCACUACCAAAAAGCACUAGGAGUGCAGAUAUCAGUUUAAAUCCAGAAAUAUAUAAGCUAUUAGAAGUGGACAAACUACGAUUACAUUUCUUGGUCAGGCUAAAUGUAUCCUCGUGCAGGAUCAGAUCUCUUAGCAAAGAGGCAUUUGUUCAUUUAAACAACCUCGUAUCACUGGAUAUUGGAUAUAAUGAAAUAACAAGGUUGCCAGAACAUGUAUUCUCUUUUUUGAGGCACCUUCGACAUCUCAUUUUGAUUGGUAAUGUUAACCUUCGAGUUAUAUCCUCGACAGCAUUUCAUGGACUGGAAAACAUUAAUAGUCUGCAAAUAACUGGAACAAAGCUGGAACGGAUUUCUGCAUACACCUUCUCCAAUUUAACAGUAAAAAUGAUUAACAUUUCAUAUAACAGGAUACAAGAAAUUGAAGAUUUUGCUUUCAAUAAUAUUUCAGUACAGAAAUUAGACAUGAGAGGUAAUGAAAUUCUAAUUUUCAACAAGCACAUUUUUCGCAGUGUAACUUCUCUCCGAGAACUCCAUACACCUGCUUAUAAAUUUUGCUGUAUUCGUCCAUGCUACGUCAAGGAAAGUGAGUGUUACCCAAAAAGGAACGAAUUUUCUUCGUGUGAAGACCUCAUGAGACAUCCAGUCCUUCAGGCAGUGCUAUGGAUAGUAGGGGUAGCAGCAUUAGCUGGAAAUCUUGGAUCGAUUAUUUACCGUUUGGGUUAUGACAGAGCUAGAUUAAAAAUCGGCUAUGGUAUAUUUGUGACAAAUUUGGCCACAGCCGACUUUCUUAUGGGAGUAUACCUCAUUACAAUUGCUGUAGUAGAUUCAUAUUAUCGGGACAGGUAUAUUUUCAAGGAUGAGCAAUGGAGAAAUAGCAAAUGGUGUGUAACUGCCGGUAUAUUGUCUACUGUAUCUUCCAAAGCGAGUGUCCUUUUCGUUUGUUUGAUAACCUUAGACAGACUUUUAGUCAUCAAGUAUCCCUUCGGUACCGUCAGAAUUGGACCUAAGAAGGCGCACAUUGUUUCCUGCAUCUCCUGGAUAUUUGCCAUCGCUUUGGCUUUGGUUCCUAUCAUAUUCACUGGCUUUUUUCAGAACAGAUUUUAUUCAAGAUCGGGAGUAUGCAUCGCCCUUCCUUUAACAAGAGAUAAGCCACCAGGCUGGAUGUAUUCGGUUGCUAUAUUUGUUGGCUUAAAUUUUUGUACGUUUAUUCUUGUGGGUUUAGGCCAGUUAGCUAUUUUUAUAGAGCUAAGAAAAGCAACAAGCACCAUAAAGAAAACCGAGAGAUCAAGAAAGCAAGAUCUAAAAGUAGCAAGGAACCUCAUUCUCGUUGCAACGACAGAUUUCCUGUGCUGGUUUCCAAUAGGUGUAAUGGGUAUAAUGGCAUUGAGUGGAUACCCUAUCUCUGGAGAUGCUUACGCUUGGACAGCAGUGUUCUUAUUACCACUCAACUCGGCACUGAAUCCUGUUUUAUACACACUCACGGCAAUAAUAAGAAAACAGAAAUUCAACCCAAGUACUGAGGAGCAGAACAGAACAGAACUUCAAAAGGAGAUUGGUUCAGCAAUCCUUCAAUAUCACAACUGUGGUAGAUCUAUGGGAAUUAUAUGGGGACCAUUGAAAGGAACACACAGCGUGCAAGACGUGCUUACAAAAGAAGGGAGCAUUCCUGCUGUAGCUGCUGCUGCGAUAAGUCUAAAACUUUCAAAGUAUUUGACCAUGCUUCAUGACUCUUCCAUCGCUGUUGAUCAAAUAUCGGACAGAAACACUUACAUUCGAAUGGAUAGGAAGAAGAAGCAAAUUGUCAGUUUGGCACUCGAUUGGAAGUUAUUCAUGACAGACGACAAAGAAAAGAUACAAAACAAUAUUUACGAGUUUGGUAUUCUUCUGCGACGACUUACUUCGAGAAGGAACUGAGAAUAAUUCUUCUUACUUUGAUACAGUAGAAGAGUGAUAAUAGACUUUUUCUUUAUGUAUGUUUUGAACUAUAUGUGACAUAUUUAGAUUUAUUCCUUUAUUCUGUCGGUACUUUUAUACAUUUCUUUUGCCUACUUUGUAAUUUGUGUGUUUUGUAUAUUUCAAUUUUAUAGGUAUUUUAUACGAUAAAUUAGAUUGUAUUUGAUAUAAACUGUUUAUUCUUUACCAUAUUUUCUCUUACAAGCAGUAUUCAGUUUACAAAAGUGAUCAUACAAUAUAUUUUGUAUUGGAUUCAAAAUAUUCUAUUAAGGACACCGUCGCCCGAACGAAUCUCAACGCCAGUAAACGAUUGACGCAGCGUCGUGUCAGUGUACGUAUUGAUUAUCAAAUGUUUCAGUCACCUGAAAUGGAAAUGCCAGUUUGAAUUGAUUUCCUUUUUAAAGAGAAAAUGAGAAUAAAAUAAAAAGUUCAUUUAAUAUCUUCUUGUACAAUAUCUAUUGGACUAUUCAUAUUUCAGAAUGGCGACUUGUCAAAAUAUAUCACCGUAUUGUACAGAACAAUGUAAAUAAUUUAUUAGUCUUGACUUUUAUUCAAUUGUAUGAUUUUACCUAACACUGUAUUGUAUUGACUUAUAUUCACUUGACUUGUAUUGCACUACAUUGUAUUUUUGUUGUUGUGUUCAAUUGUGUUGCGUUCAAUUGUGUUGUGUUGACUUGUUUUGUGUUGUGCUGUCUUUUGAUCAGUUUUAUUUUAUUUUAGUUUAUUCCAGUUUUGUAUUGUAUUGUAUUGUAUUGUUGCUAGCUAGAAAAAAGCAUAAAGAGCUCAUGACGAGGUUUUAGUGUCGAUGCAUGUACUUUGUUCGUCAAUAUAGUCAUUAAUUGGUGUGUUGAAGCUUCAUAGUAACAUGCCCACAAUCUAUAAAAAUACGACAUUUUUUGCUAAUUUUCAUUCUAGCAUCUGUAGUCAUUCCAAAUCCUAAUCAUAUUAGUUAGAGAGGUCUAAGGUAUCGUGCCCAUUAUUUCCUAAUGUUUACAUUCUUGCCCCUGCAGUACAAACAAUCAACUCGGCUUGCAUUUUUGGUGUCGUGGUAUAGAUAUAGUCCGGCUAACGACCAGAUAAUCUUUUUAAAUUAAAAUAAAUAAUCUUAAAAAUGUUCAUUGUUUCGCCUUUCUUCUCUGAUCAGAAUUUCCUUUCAUAUUUUGUAGCUCUGAUUAUUCCCUCUGUUUGAUUAGAAAGCGAACAUAACUAUAUAAUGUUUGAAUGGCUUCAAGGGUAAACCCCUUUGGACCAAUACGGACUAGGUCUAGAUAUGAUACUUUUUGUCAACAGGCUAUGAGUUUUACUACUUUCUUUUGUUUUGUUACGGUCUUUACAAUAAGAGAAAAUAUACAAGUAUGACGAUUAUAAAGAUUCUCGGAUUUUGCCUGACUUAGUAUAGUUCAUUGCCCUUGAUAGAACUCUGUUUAGAAUAUUGACACUAUAUUAUUAUGCAUUUGUAUUCACUUGAAUUGUAGUUAACCAUGCUGUAUUUUAUUUUUUGUGUUUCAUUGUGUUUUGCUGUGUUGCACUGCACUGCACUGUAUUACAUUGUAUUGUACAUUUUUUUGGCAUUUUUUUUUACCUGAGUAUCGCCGAUGUCUUGAGAAGAAAGCGAACGUUAUUGUAUAAUAUUUGAAUUGCUUCAGGGGUUAUCUCCUAUGAAUCUAACAUAGAUUCUGAAGACAGACUAGGUGUAGAUAUGACGCUUUUUGUUUUAUUACGCUUUUUAUGAUAUUUAUUUAGAAAAAAAACAAACAGAUCUGUCGAUCAAAGAGAUGAUCGGACAUUGUUUGACAAAUUAAAGUUUAAUGUCCGCCCAUGAUAAAACUAGGAUAUAUUUUAUACUUGCUAUAGUAUGGGUGCAAUGUGUAUUCCUAAAUCCAAAUUGAAACAUUUAUUCUGUAACUAUAUUCUAAGUUUAUUUAUUUUGUUGGGUUUAAAUCAUGUCAUGCUUAUUUAUGCUUACUUAUAUAUUUUUAAUUUGCAAUUUCACAUUGAUUUAUUUAAACAUGUCCAAAUGAACUCAUUAUAUGAGACGUGCC